AUGAUGUUUUCCUUGUUAAGGGAAAAUGAAACAGCAAACUUUGAACUGUGAAAGACAACAUAACAGGUCACAGGGCCACACGGCUCCACACCAGCUGAUACUGUCAGAAACCUGCACACCGCUGUAUCACAUGGAAGUGUAUGUCCGAAUACAAGGGGUAUAUCAUGCUUAUUACAAUAACUCUGUGUUUCCUGACGUUUGCCUCAACUAAAGCAGCUCGUUGUGUGGAAUAUCCCCACUGUUCAGUCUGUAACUUGGGGAAAACCGCCUGUACAUCAUGUGACACUGGAUACUACGGCAACACAUGUGACUCAGUCUGCAGCAACGGCUGCAGAAACAGAACAUGUGUACUUACAAGUCUAGGUAUUGAAAGCUGCGCUGAAGGCUGUGUGUCAGGCUUUCGAGGCCAAAACUGCAAAGUACCUUGCACUCCACCUCCAGAGAUAUGCUCGGCCUGUUCAGGUGGGUGUGAGGGAGGGUACUGCCAGCUCGGCUCCUCCUGUGUGUCUGGAUGUAAGGACGGCUUCUAUGGUUCCGGAUGUAAAAACUGCUCCAGUGGAUGUAAAACUUGCAACAGGGUUAAUGGGACGUGUGACGAAUGUCAUCCGUCAUAUUUUGGAUUAAAUUGUACAUAUUUGUGUGAUCACUGUCAAGGUUCCUGUAAGUUUGGAUGUGAAGACGGCUGUGUACCUGGAUUUUAUGGCAUUUUCUGUGACAAGGGCUGCAGUAAACAUUGUCAGGCAGUAUCUGACAUGAACAGCUCCACCACAAGUUCACCUGAGUGUAGCAGACAGACAGGUGACUGUGUCAAGGGUUGUGUUGAUGGCUGGUAUGGAGCAACCUGCUCCUCUCAGUGUAACCCCAGGUGUCUGUACAAGAGAUGCUCCCCAUCAGGUGGCUGUGUAGAUGGUUGUGUACCUGGGUACUUUGGGAGUGACUGUAUGCCCUGCCCUGACAACUGUGUCAACAAUUCCUGCAACACAGACACUGGGUCAUGUGAAGGAUGUGACAAUGGGUUUUAUGGGAUGUCCUGCAAUCAAAGCUGCUGUCUUGACGGUGUUUGUGACAAGACAACUGGCGUUUGCUCUGAUGGUUGCAUCACAGGAGACAGGUGUGACUCUACCUGUACAAACAACUGCACUGACACAGUUGAUCAGACGCCAGGUAAUACCAACAACAUCCAAAUAGGAGUACCAACAGCAGUAGUUGUCUUUGUCAUUUGUGUAGUGGUCACGGUGUGCAUCCUCCAUCGAAAACGUCUGUUGAAAGAAAGGCAACAAGCAAAUUUAGAUGUCGCCACUGUGGAGUACCAGCCAAACAGAUACUGGCAGAUACGAGAUGAAGAUGUGGGCAUCGAGGGAUCAGAUGGAAGCCACGUGGUCGAUAUAGCCAUGCCUGUUAUAGCUGAUUGCUUUCCGGCAGCACGUGAAGUAGAAGUCAGUGAUCGUGAUACAUCAGACAGUUCUGCUUCAGAUACAUCAGACGGUUCUGCCACAGACGCCAAGUCCUACACUCACCUGAUGACAGAUCCGGACGUCCUUGUUGCUGACCCGGGAACAGUGGUCAACUACAUCUCACCAACUGAGUCUGACUAUAGCCAAAGAGGUGACGUAUGUAAGAGCAGUGUGGAUUAAUAUAAAACGUCGACCCAUGGAAUACCCACUUCCGGUUAUCCGCCGGAACAGAUUCCACUGGGCGCUAAAGGCAACAUAGUAGUAACAUUGACAUGAAUGAAUCACUGAAUAUCAGUGAAGACACCCGGGCCCUAUUGCACAAAGUGAUCUUAAUGAAUGGGAGUUACGACCAUCUUAGCGCUAAGGUCGCUUUGUACAAGUGCGCCCAGGUGUUUGUGAAAAGGGAAAGCUUGUCCUGUAAUUGAAGAGCUUAGAGCUAAAAGGGGCCAACAUGCACGUUGGUCCUUUUUGCAUAUUAUUGCAUAAAUAACAUCUAUGAGUUCUUGUAUACCUAUAGAAAAAAUAUUGUAUGUUUUCAUUGAUGCGUUUUUUAAAUAUGGCUACUUAAAGUUCUAUAAAAGGCUCUAAGUCAAGUUCCAAAAGGGCCAAAGUCACUUUGCUAGAUUUUGGCCGUUUUAGCUCUCAUUUCCGUGUGUGGUUGAGACUGGUUGCCUGAGAGAGAUUUUGAAAGUUUUGACACCUUAUUAUUAUGUUUCAACUAUUUCAACAAAGCUAGCAUUAGUGUAAAUCAUUUAAAAGUACUUCAAUAGCAUGUGUUUGUACAUUUCGUCGUUGUUUAUCAAUCUCACAUGUUAAAUCCCAUGGAAAUACCUGAGGGUCUAAAAGGGGCCAAAAUACAGACAUUGGCCCUUUCCACCCUUAUAGAAAUUAAAAACGUAAGUUUAUUUCCUUUUGUGAUUUUUUUUUGUAACAACAUUCAUAUCUCUGCUGUCAGAAUGCGUAAAUGUCUAGGAAUUUAUCGGUAAAAAAGAUGUUCAUUAACAUGCAUAAUAUCACAUGUUUUCAUCACUUUUCUCAAAACAGACUCCACGUGACAUUGGCCUUUACGGCUCUUAGCUCUUCAAUUUGCUGAAACGAGUAGGUGUUAAUUGCCUGACACUGCACAGUAGUAGUCCUGCCAUACAAGGCAGCCUGUAGCCUGACACUGCACAGUAGUAGUCCUGCCAUACAAGGCAGCCUGUAGCCUGACACUGCACAGUAGUAGUCCUGCCAUACAAGGCAGCCUGUAGCCUGACACUGCACAGUAGUAGUCCUGCCAUACAAGGCAGCCUGUAGCCUGACACUGCACAGUAGUAGUCCUGCCAUACAAGGCAGCCUGCAGCCUGACACUGCACAGUAGUAGUCCUGCCAUACAAGGCAGCCUGUAGCCUGACACUGCACAGUAGUAGUCCUGCCAUACAAGGCAGCCUGUAGCCUGACACUGCACAGUUGUAGUCCUGCCAUACAAGGCAGCCUGUAGCCUGACACUGCACAGUAGUAGUCCUGCCAUACAAGGCAGCCUGCAGCCUGACACUGCACAGUAGUAGUCCUGCCAUACAAGGCAGCCUGUAGCCUGACACUGCACAGUAGUAGUCCUGCCAUACAAGGCAGCCUGUAGCCUGACACUGCACAGUAGUAGUCCUGCCAUACAAGGCAGCCUGUAGCCUGACACUGCACAGUAGUAGUCCUGCCAUACAAGGCAGCCUGUAGCCUGACACUGCACAGUAGUAGUCCUGCCAUACAAGGCAGCAUGUAGCCUGACACUGCACAGUAGUAGUCCUGCCAUACAAGGCAGCCUGUAGCCUGACACUGCACAGUAGUAGUCCUGCCAUACAAGGCAGCCUGCAGCCUGACACUGCACAGUAGUAGUCCUGCCAUACAAGGCAGCCUGUAGCCUGACACUGCACAGUAGUAGUCCUGCCAUACAAGGCAGCCUGUAGCCUGACACUGCACAGUAGUAGUCCUGCCAUACAAGGCAGCCUGUAGCCUGACACUGCACAGUAGUAGUCCUGCCAUACAAGGCAGCCUGUAGCCUGACACUGCACAGUAGUAGUCCUGCCAUACAAGGCAGCAUGUAGCCUGACACUGCACAGUAGUAGUCCUGCCAUACAAGGCAGCCUGUAGCCUGACACUGCACAGUAGUAGUCCUGCCAUACAAGGCAGCCUGUAGCCUGACACUGCACAGUUGUAGUCCUGCCAUACAAGGCAGCCUGUAGCCAGACCAGACAAUCAUGUGAUGGACCCGGAAAACUAGUGACCAGAAUGUGAAAGUAGGCUAGAUUAAGACAUGACCUAAAUGUCUGGCAUCAAAGUUUGAUUUGUACAAUCAUAAUUGUUGUCUAAUGGCUGCAUCUGAGUUAUUUACAAAAGUUAUGUCUUAUUUUACACUUUAUUCAAUACAAAAAUUAAGAUUCUUGUUUAUCUGCAUAGAUGUCUUGCGGAUGAUUGAUUGACCCUAUCAUUAUCUAAUGUUCGAUAUUCUAAUGUUUGUAUUCUAAUUAUUCAAAGAGCUUAUAGAUGAUGAUUAUUAUGAUGAUGAUGAUGAUGAUGAUGAUUUUGAUGAAAGAAAUGUUACUUUCAAAAUAAUUCACAUGACGGGAGUGAAUGUUGAAAAAGGGAAGUAAGUGACUGGAAUAAGGACCUGUAAAGUAGCUGACAGAAUGUGAUGUGACAGUGUGAUAUUAGGUUGCUUUUGUUUGUUUGCUUUUUAUGGGUAGCACAUUUAGAUACUGCCGUUUAAGUUGGUUUUGAUAAGGUAAAUGCCUAGGUGGUAAUAGUUGGAUGAAUAAGCAAUAGUGAUGGGUUGCUGAAUUGUGGAAAUGUGUGUGCCUAUUUCACUUAAGACAUUCUUGUAGUGUAGAAUUUCACCUGCUGUUGUCCUCCACUGUAGAACAGUAUAGGGAGUUGCCUGUACGAGGCUUUUUAAUGUUGUUUUUAUGGAUGUUUAGGUUUGUGUGACCAGUGUAAGGUCUUGUUAUAGAUCUGUGCGUAAGUUUGUUCUGAUGGAUUGUUGAGACUUUGUAUUGAGCUCUUUUCACCAUUUGUUUGAGGCGUUUUGCUAUCGUCGACGUUUGGUAUUUAGAUGCCCAUUUCGGACUGAGUUUGCUUUGAAUAAUUGAUUUGACUUCGUCCUUUGUUUACUGUGUUUAAGUUGGCCCCUGAUUUGACAGAAUUGUCGACUUCUUCGUUUCCGAACAUUCCGAUGUGAGCUGGGACACCAGGAAGGUGGACCACCCUGUCCUCUCUUUGGAUUGUUUGAAACAUGCCGAGAAUUUGACCUAUGAGUUUACCUCUGUUUUUAGUACAUUUAUUUUGGAGCGCUUGUGAGAUUGUCCCGCUUAAGUUCUUUAUGAUUGUCCCGCUUAAGUUCUUUCUGAUUGUCCCGCUUAAGUUCUUUAUGAUUGUCCCGCUUAAGUUCUUUAUGACUGUCCCGCUUAAGUUCUUUAUGAUUGUCCCGCUUAAGUUCUUUAUGAUUGUCCCGCUUAAGUUCUUUAUGACUGUCCCGCUUAAGUUCUUUAUGAUUGUCCCGCUUAAGUUCUUUAUGACUGUCCCGCUUAAGUUCUUUAUGAUUGUCCCGCUUAAGUUCUUUAUGACUGUCCCGCUUAAGUUCUUUAUGAUUGUCCCGCUUAAGUUCUUUAUGAUUGUCCCGCUUAAGUUCUUUAUGAUUGUCCCGCCUAAGGUCUGGCCGGAGAUGAUAAUGUAUCUUCAGUUGUAAAUCCCCAGGCUUUAUCUGAGAAGUAUAUUUCGUUAUGUGUGCAUUUCGAUGGA